CGAGUCAGUGAUGAUGAGAAAAAUCGCAGAUUCGUAAAGGGGGAUAUUCGUUUCUUCAUCACUCGAGAAACCCUAGUUUCUUUCACCGACGAAAAAACCCUAAAUUUUUUCUGCAACCUAAUCUGGCAUGGCUAAGAAGAGAAAGCAGAGAUCUUCUGAGCCUGUACCCACGGGAGUUUCCGAUCCCCAACCUCAAGAACCGAUACAAGAAGGGCAACAAGAGGAACCCCAAGUCAUAUCGGAAGAAGUGGAGGAAGUAGAAGUGGAGGAAGAAGUGGAAGUGGAAGAGGAAGAGGAAGUAGAAGAAGAUGAGGAAGAUUCGGAUGAGCACGAGGAGGGUGAAGAGACCCUGGAUGCGUCCAAGGAUGGUGUUCCUUCUGCUAAUGGGGCUAAAGGAGCGAGCCAACAGGAGGGUUUAGAAGAAGAGCCUAUCGAGAAGCUUCUGGAACCUUUUGGGAAGGACCAACUGAUUGCGCUUGUCAAGAAGGUCGUCGAUAAAUACCCAGAAUUUAUCCGGUCCGUGCACGAGAUUGCCGAUGCAGAUCCUGCUCACCGGAAGAUCUUCGUCCAUGGUCUCAGCUGGGACACCACUGCCGAAACCCUAACCAACGAGUUCUCCAAAUACGGUGAGAUUGAAGAAUGCAAGGCGGUUACUGACAGAGUCUCUGGAAAAUCAAAGGGCUACGCUUUUAUCCUCUUCAAGCACCGCAGUGGAGCACGUCGGGCCCUCCAGCAGCCCCAGAAGAAGAUUGGGAACCGCACUACUUCAUGUCAGCUGGCAUCUCAGGGUCCAGUUCCAGCCCCUGCUCCGACCACCCCACCUGUUUCAGAAUACACGCAGAAGAAGAUCUUUGUGAGCAAUGUGUCAGCUGAUUUGGACCCGGAGAAGCUGUUGGAGUUCUUCAGGCAAUAUGGAGAGAUUGAGGAGGGUCCAUUGGGACUCGAUAAACAGACUGGGAGGCCAAAGGGAUUCGCACUUUUUGUGUACAAGAAUAUAGAGGGUGCAAGGAGAGCAUUGGAGGAGCCACAUAAGAACUUUGAGGGUCAUACUCUAAACUGUCAGAAGGCCAUAGAUGGCCCAAAACCGAGUAAAGGUGGCUAUGGUGGUGCUGGCGGGCAUCAUCAGCAGUUUCAGCAGCACCAGCAGGCACAGCAUCAGCUUCAGCCACAUUACCACCAUGCCAAGAAAGGGAAGUAUUCGUCUGGUGGUACAGAUACUGGGCAUUUGAUGGCACCAUCUGGGCCUGCCCCAGUUGGGUUCAAUCCUGGAAUGGCUGCUGGUUUCAACCCUGCUGUAGCAGCUGCACCUGCUUUAAAUCCAGCACUUGGACAGGCCUUGACUGCAUUGCUUGCCACCCAGGGAGCUGGUUUGGGGCUUAGUAAUUUGCUUGGAGGUAUUGGCGGUGCGCCAGUGAGCCAAGGUGCUCCAGCUGCAGGUUAUGCAAAUCAAGUUGGAGGCUAUGCGAACCAGAUGCCUGUGCAGGGUGGAUAUCAGAAUCCACAGUUGGGGCAGGGCAGUGCUGGCAGGACUCAACCAGGUGGUGGUGCCCCAUACAUGGGGCAUUAGAUUACCUCAUAGAUGCAUCAAUCAUUUUCUUUUCGACUCUGCUGAUUGUGAAGUUCCAGGGACUAUUGCAAACGUGGUCUUUAAUUUUAAAUCAAAAGUUACUGUUUGCCUACUACAAAGACUCGAAAUCCCAAACCUGUAUUUUUCUUUUCAAUUUUAGUACUUUUUUCACCUUCGCUGUUUUUCUAAAAAUAUGUAGUACGUUGGUUUGAGGAUUUGUUUCUUGAAAAGUAUUGGGGAGCAGGACAUUUCCAGACUGGGGUACUUUUGGCUCUUCAUGUUUUCAAGUCUGUUUGUCACUCAAAUAAUGCCUCAUAAAUUACUUAUGCACUUGAUUUAGUAACUACUCUCUGCUUCAUAUGUGAACCUGCUUGCUUCUUUAUUUAUUUCCAUG